ACCUAAUUGCAUUAGCUGAUGAUAAGAAGAAGAAUUAGUAGCACUUGAAGUGAAGCAUGGGAGAAGAAGAAGGAGCAGCAGCAUCAUCAAAACCUCUCCUCACUCACACUGACACUUCCAACCGCCACAAACCCUCUUCUUCCUAUUCCUACCUUCUUCUCUUCACCACUUGCAUGUCUCUCAUUGCAGCCAUCGCUUUCGCCUUUCUCUUCCUCUCCUCCUCCUCCGCCCCACCACCACCACCAACCACCGCUCGUCCCCUCACCAAGCUCCACCACCCCGCCGUCAUCCUAAUCUCCUCCGACGGGUUCCGUUUCGGCUACCAGUUCAAAACCCCCACACCCAACAUCCACCGUCUGAUCCAAAACGGCACGGAGGCCCAAACCGGCUUGAUCCCCGUCUUCCCCACCAUCACCUUCCCCAACCACUACUCCAUCGUCACUGGGCUCUACCCACCUCACCAUGGCAUCAUCAACAACUACUUCUUCGACCCCGUCACCGGCGACAAGUUCACCAUGGCGAGUCACGAGCCGAAAUGGUGGCUCGGCCGCCCCUUGUGGGAGACUGUGGUGGACAAUGGGUUGAAAGCUGCAACCUACUUCUGGCCAGGUUCUGAGGUAAUCAAAGGCUCUUGGACUUGCCCUUUGGGUUAUUGUAUGCAUUAUAAUGGUUCUGUGGCAUUUGAGGAUAGAGUGGAUACUGUUUUGGGGUAUUUUGAUUUGCCACAAGAUGAAAUGCCUGUGUUUAUGACACUUUAUUUUGAGGACCCUGAUCAUCAGGGUCAUCAGGUUGGGCCUGAUGAUGAUGAGAUUACUGAAGCUGUUGCUAGGAUUGAUAGCUUGAUUGGGAGGUUGAUUAAGGGGUUGGAAGAUAGAGGGGUGUUUGAGGAUGUUACUAUUAUUCUGGUGGGUGAUCAUGGAAUGGUUGGUACUUGUGAUCAGAAGCUUAUUAUUUUAGAUGAUUUGGGGAUUCCUGCUGAUUGGGUCCACUCGUAUACUCCUUUACUUGCGAUUCGCCCGCCUCUUACUCAUUCGCCCGCGGAUGUUGUGGCUAAGAUGAAUGAAGGUUUGAGCUCGGGGAAGGUUGAAAAUGGGGGGAAGUUGGAGGUGUAUUUGAAGGAAGAUCUGCCUGAGAGGCUUCAUUAUGCAGCAAGUGAUCGGAUUCCGCCGAUAAUUGGGUUGGUUCAUGAGGGUUAUAAGGUGGAGCAAAGCAGAACAAAUAAAAAGGAGUGUGGGGGUGCUCAUGGCUAUGACAAUGCUUUUUUCUCCAUGAGGACUAUUUUCAUUGGGCAUGGUCCUCAAUUUGCAAGAGGGAGGAAGAUACCAUCGUUUGAGAAUGUUCAGAUUUAUAAUUUGGUUACUUCUAUCCUCAAGAUAAAGGGCGUGCCAAAUAAUGGGUCUGCUACAUUUCCAGAAUCUGUUCUUCUAUCCGCUGCAUAAGACUAUAUAUUGGAUUACUAAGCUGCAUGGGAGAUGCUCAGAACUCAGAAGUGUGAGCAUGAUGAGAUGUCGCAGUCUUUGCAGGAAUAAUAGUGUUGACAUGGUAUCUAGGAGCUCUGCUAUCACAUUUUCUGCAUCACAAAUUCAUUGUGAAUCUGGCUGGUUCUAUUGGUACUUUUGAGUUUUGGCUAUCAAUUGACAACCAUUUCUUAAGCCAAGUGUUGUAAUUCAUCUUUGUUUCUUGGUUGCUCCAGACAUAAUUCUCAGUUUGUUCUGUUUGUCAAUGACAAACUUAUUCCUUGAUCACCAUUCAUAUCCUUUCUUUUUGUGCCUCUUGUUUUAGCUCCUUCUGACUGGCAACACUUUAUCGCUCUUGGUCUAGAGCCUUGACCCUGGCAUUAUGGUCCAAGAAUAAUAAGGUGCAACUCAGUGAUGGUUCCCUUCCAAAGCCUUGUCAAGCAGAUCUUUGUAUGGGGCUUGGGAUUGAUGCAAUACCGCGGUUCUUUCAUGGAUUCAUCAAUCACUUUACCCUUCUAUUAGUCAAAGCAUUUUGUGGAUGGAAAUCACUUGUAAUUUCAGAUUUAUCACAAGGGAAGGUAUUACCAGGGAGAGAUAUUUCAGAUCUCGAAGAUUGAAGACGAAUUGUGCAUGCUUAAACAAUGUGACUUGUUUCUCAAAAGGUAUUUUACUCAGAUGAAGUCUUUAUGUUAAGAGUUAGAGAAUUUUUAUUCCCUCUUGCACAUGUGAGGUGCAAUCUCACUGUAUUCUUGUGCCCGUGAUGAGAGCUUAUUGAGAAAAGAACGGUCUUUCGAAUUCUAAAGGGAUUAAAUGAUUUAUACUUGAUUGUUUUA